AGUAGACUGUAUAAAAGACAAGGAGCACUGACUACCGACAUCACAACUAGUUGUAUCAAAAGUACGAACGAACGAUCACAUCACGAAGAACAAAAAUCAUCAAUAUGGUUUCUAAAAUUGUACUAGCCCUGUGUGUUUUGGUGGCAGUUGCAUCAGCCGUGCCAGCGGCUGGAGGCCCUGGAGGCUGGCCAGCGGCCGGCGGAUGGGGUGCGCCUGCAGCCCCUGGUUGGGGCGCCGGCGGUUGGGCCCCCGCAGCCAACCCCUUCAUUCCUCCGUGGAUCGCUUCCGCGCCCUGGUUCCCCGUCUUCACCCCUUGCGCUACCGUCGGAAGCAGCUGCCUAGACUGUAAAACCAAGGUUGUAUGCACGAAGAUUGGUGCUAUCCAGCGUGCCUGCACCGACCCUACCCUGCCUUACUGCAACCUCGGAAACUGCACGGCCACGCCUUCCGCUGAGUGCGCCCCGGCCUCCGCAGUGCCUGCCACAGUCUAAUAUUAAACACCAGUAAACAACUGUCACGAAUCCAACCCCAGGAGUAUUGCGACUGAUGUGUAAACUAAGUAUACUCAAACAGAUUAAACUGAACUACAUUUUAAACAUUUAAAAUGUUGUAACGCGUUCCUUUUUGUAUUAUUUAAUAAAGCUCACUUUUCAAUUUC